AUGACUUCAUCUCCCACAAUGCUUUUCGUUGAUCUGCGCUUUGCGUCAGCUGUGCGACGAAAAUCUGAUGUUAAACAAACCAAACACGGAUGUUUUGGGAUCAUCAUUGAAGCAUGGAGGCAGAACAGCCUAAAGAAGACUGUACUCCCUCCCAGCCAACACAUACACCUGAUUCUCAGUCUAAGAAGCCUAGCCAGCCUCUGUAUGUCCCCAAACAACGACUGCACGCCUCCAAAGACCAAGCUCAGACUCAGGGUGAAGGUAAACCAAGACCCAGACCUCGCUAUACAGACAAGGCACGAAAGAACGCUAAGAACAAGAAGGACAAGGCUGGAGGAGGAGAUAGAGGUGCGAUACAGAAAAAUGAUCCUGAUGUGAAAGAGGAGCGAGUACAGGGAGCAGAGGUGAUGGUUAAUGGGCAGCCCGACUCAUCCAAUGUGGAGACAGGGGGUACAUCACAGCAGGAAGCAGCAUCUCCUCAGGAAGAAAAGGGGGAAGAGGAAAGCUGGGACACCUUGUUCAACGAUGAUGGAGACUGUUUGGAUCCGCAUCUGCUGGAAGAGCUGGCAUUGAGGGAUGGUAAGAAGAAGAAGUCAAUCCAGGAGCCCCGGUUCGAUUAUUACAACAUGGACAGGGAUGACGAUGAUGACGUUGACCUCACAGACGAUGAGCUUUCUCAUAUCGUAGAAAUCUACGACUUCCCCACAGAGUUCAAGACGGAAGACCUUCUGAAGUUAUUUCAGUGCUACCAACAGAGAGGCUUUGACAUUAAGUGGAUUGAUGACACACACGCCCUGGGCCUCUUCUCAAGCCCUAUAGCAGCCCGUGAAGCUCUAAGAUCCAAAAAUCCACUGAUGAAGUUGCGACCGCUCUCCAAAUCUUCAUCUGCCACAAAGGCCAAAGCCCGUAGCUGCUCAGACUACCUCCUUCCUGCUAAAGAGAGACCCCAGACGAGUGCAUCACUGGCCAGAAGACUAGUGAUCGGUGCCCUCGGUGUAAAGAGCAACGUCACAAAGGAGCAGCGUGAGGCAGAGAGGAAGAAACUGCAGGAGGCGAAAGAGCAAAAGCGUCUGGCAGCCAAGCAGAGGGAAGAUGCUUGGGAGGGGAAGUGACUGGACGCACAUUUGAUUCCUUGAUUCAACAGAGGACUCAGACUUUUCAGUUUCUUCUCCUCUUCUGUUUUUUUUUUUCAACUUGCCACUCCCUCCUACCAGCCCACUUCCCAGAAAUGGGUUUCCUCCGUGUUUUCCUUCGUCCGUGCAAAAACUCUUGACCCGUAACAUCGUCAGGACUACCACCACCUGACUCACCAGGACUUACUCUCAAAUCUCUGACUUUGUGAACGCAGUUUGUAAUGAAGCACUGAGGCUAAGAAAUUUUCCAAGUGAACAUUAUUCACUGAAUUUGUUGUUUUCUGUAUAGAUCCAAAGCUUCAUGUUUUUCUUUCUACGGAUAUUUUUCAAUGUUUUUAAAGAUUAAAAUGUGAGUGUGUCACGUACGAUGUAAAUUAAUUCAUAAUGAUGCAGUUUAACAUUAUACACCAAUCAGCCACAACAUAAAAGCCAGUUACCUAGCAUUGUAUGGGCUUUCCUUGUGCGCCAGUACAGCUCUGACACAUUGAGACAUAGACUCAUGGCUCUGUGUUGUCAGGCCCCAAGAAGUGAGCAGAAGAUUGACAAAGUCCUGUAAGUUGCAAAGUCCAUGGAUUGGACAUGUCAACUUGUUGACACCUGUGCUGCUUAAACAAUUCCUGAACGGCUUUUGCAGCGUGGCGGGGAUCAUUAUCCUACAACAGUAUUUAGGUAGGUGGUAUUUGUCAGAAUAACAUCCACAGGAAUGCCACAACCCAAAGUUUUCCCAGAAGAACAUCACAGAGAGCAUCACACUGCUUCCACUGGCUUGCUUUAUUCCCAUGGUGCAUCAUAUUUACCCAGGUAAACCACACACACACUUCUCAUCAUCCACAGAAUGUAAAAUUGAAUUCAGUUAGGUUUUAUCUGUAAAUUGCUUCACAUAGUAGGGUUUACAUCGUUCCAUUUUGUACAGAGGAACUAGACAUAUUUAGCAGUUCCCUUUGAACAAACCUGGUGACAACAGGAAGAAAGUCUCCCUUUAAACAGGAAGAGAUCUUAAGCAGAACCAGGCUCACAGAGGGUGGACAUGUGCCUCGACUGGGGUAACGGGGUAAAGAGAAGAGUGAUAUGGACAGUAGACAAGAAAUUAUAAAACAUGACACACUAGGGAGGCUGGUGAGACCAUAUAAAGAAAAGACAAUGUGAUUCAGCAGUCCGUGCCACCUUCUUCCAGUGCUCCGUGGUUCAGUUCUGACGUUUCAUCGUAGGUGCUUUUGGUGUUGGACAUCUGCCAGCAUAGACUCUGAUGGAGAGUCCCAUAUACAGCAAGAUGUGAUGCUCUGUGUGUGACUUUUUUUAACAUAUCAAGAAUUGCGGUGGCUGCAUAGUGCUGUAGUGGUUAGCACUUCUGCCUUGCAGCAAGAAGAUCCCUGGUUCAAAUCCUGGGUGGACCUGGGAUCUUUCUGCAUGGAGUUUGCAUGUUCUCCCUGUGCAUGCGUGGGUUUUCUCCGGGUUCUCCGGCUUCCUCCCACUGUCUAAAAAUAUGCUGAGGUUAAUUGAUGACUCUAAAUUGCCCAUAGGUGUGAAUGUGAGUGUGAUUGUGUGUCUGUAUAUGUAGCCCUGUGACAGACUGGCGACCUGUCCAGGGUGUCCCCUGCCUUCGCCCGAGUCAGCUGGGAUAGGCUCCAGCACCCCCCGUGACCCCAGUGAGGAUAAAGCGGUGCAUAGAGAAUGGAUGGAUGGAUGGAGAAUUGCGGUUUUUCAGCAAUUUGUGCUGCAGUAGCGUUUCUGGGAGAUAAAUCACACGUGCGUCAGUGUCACUGGUUAACCAGUAGUGCUUCCUAGGCCAACUUCUGGUAGGUACAAACCUCAGUAUACUGUGAAUACUGCACAAGAGCUGCUGUUUUUUGACAUGUUCAGACCCGGUCAUCAUUCCAUCACAGUUGGGCCCUUGUCAUAAUUGUUCACAUCCUCUCUCUUGCUAUUUUCUCCAGCACAUUUUUUCAUUAUAAAAGGGUUAUUCACUCAUUUCCCUGUGGUUUUAAUGUGGCUGAUUGGUGCAAAUGAAGCAUUGUUGAGAUUAGUUUCUAUUUGAGGGGUGGAAUUAAAUAUGUGUCGAUUUAUAAAUGUUGUUUAACAGUUGAAGGCUCACCCUUAUUAAACAUUACUUCACUUUUAAGCCGUCAUGUCGGGUCGUUUGCAGUGUGAACCGCCACCCAGUGUCCUGCAUCAUUCUUAAAUGAGAGCAGCUUCUGAUGCAGAUACUGUAUUUCAGUUGUGUACGUUUCAUUUGUCACAUUGGCAGUUAAAUAAAUGAUUUACAGAAAGA